UCUAAAGUGUAUCACAGCUCAGGAAAAAAAAAGCACCGAAAUGUGCGCUGCUUUUCGGUCUGGUUACUACCGUUUAUGUCAGAACCCAUCCCUAUGUGUAACAGGUCAUGUGACCACGAGGCAGGAGUCAAAGGCCUCCUCAGGUACGUCUCUGAGCAGAUGAAUAUAGAUUCGUGAAGAGCCUCUGACAUUCUACUGAAAGACGUCUGUAAACGUUAAUGAUCAGUUAUCAGGGAUCAGCUGUGACUCAGCAGGCGAUCGUAAUCUGAACAUCACCUGAUCCCAACCAGGUGUUCCGAUCAUGUACCAUGGUGACGCAGCCAGGUAAGUCCCUGGUGCUGAUGCUGUGUUGGUGUGUGUGUCUGACUGUAUAUGUGCAGUCAGAUGGUUCCCGUGCCAAUGGUAUGCUUCCUUAACUUUAAAUCAAACAGCUGCUGGCCCCGCCCACGCCAGGCUGACCAAAGUGAGUGACAGAGAAUAACAGCCAAUGGGAGUACCUCAUUCUGCAAGGGGGCGGGUUUACCAGUGUUCUAAUUGGCCCGUGAAGCUCAGGUGGGCUGUCCUGUUGGCAGCUGUUAGAAGUGUUCACAGUUAAGAAACAGCUGUUUCAGGCUCUGUGACCUUUAACCUUAAUAAUUCCAACUCAACAGCCAUAUUACCUGUGAGCUGUGACAUCACAAACCCUCACUAGGGCUGUACAAGCCCCGUCUUCACACAGCCAGUCACAUUACUGAGCUGUGAGUGUGUAUGAUGCGAUAAAUAAGCACCCUCAGGUGUUUCCAACCUGGCUGCAUAAUGGACUGUCUGUGCUGCAGGUUUACCUGGACUAAUCAGAGGCUUCCUGUCUCAUGAUCAGACAGGCCAGUGUGUUCCGCUGACUUCUGACCCAUAAUCAAUCACUUCCCGUUUGUAGCUCCAGGCUCAUGGACACACUCACCUUACCACUGGUUACAGCAUGGAGCACUGUGACUGGAGAGAGAGGUCACUGACUGCACGUCCUCCAGAUCUCCAGUCAGGAUGUCCGACUCCUCUGAUGAAGAUGACCAGAGGAAGGCAGAGCCUACCAGCAGGAUGUGGGCGGAGCCUCAGCCUGGCCCAUCCAGGUGUCAGCCCAGCAGACAGGGUUACUGUGGUUACUGCAGAGUCCUGUACAGGAACCUGGACCAGCACCUGUCCAGUCUCAGACACCUGGAUUCAGUCCGGGCGUCCUCCAGAGGCUCAGGGUCCACCUCCUCAGCAAGCGGCAGAAACAGACUGACGCUGCUGGAGCGCUUCCUCCAGGACGUUCUGCAGCACCACCCACAUCGCUACGGCGACCCCAG